AUGCGGGCAUCAGCCUUCCAGGUGCAGCUGAUGGGCAGGCAGCUGGACCUCUUGAGUCUGGAGCUCAGAGUGGAGGUCUCUGACCUGGCUGGAGGGACAGGGGCAGACCCGGCGGUCAGCACCAAGAGCAACCACUGCCUGGAUGCCGCCAAGGCCUGCAACCUGAACGACAACUGCAAGAAGCUGCGCUCCUCCUACAUCUCCAUCUGCAACCGUGAGAUCUCACCCAGCGAGCGUUGCAACCGCCGCAAGUGCCACAAGGCCCUGCGCCAGUUCUUUGACCGCGUACCCAGCGAGUACACCUACCGCAUGCUCUUCUGCUCCUGCCAGGACCAGGCGUGCGCUGAGCGCCGCCGCCAGACCAUCCUGCCCAGCUGCUCCUACGAGGACAAGGAGAAGCCCAACUGCCUGGACCUCCGCAGCCUGUGCCGGACAGACCACCUGUGCAGCCCUCCAGGGACAGGGGCAGACCCGGCGGUCAGCACCAAGAGCAACCACUGCCUGGAUGCCGCCAAGGCCUGCAACCUGAACGACAACUGCAAGAAGCUGCGCUCCUCCUACAUCUCCAUCUGCAACCGUGAGAUCUCACCCAGCGAGCGUUGCAACCGCCGCAAGUGCCACAAGGCCCUGCGCCAGUUCUUUGACCGCGUACCCAGCGAGUACACCUACCGCAUGCUCUUCUGCUCCUGCCAGGACCAGGCGUGCGCUGAGCGCCGCCGCCAGACCAUCCUGCCCAGCUGCUCCUACGAGGACAAGGAGAAGCCCAACUGCCUGGACCUCCGCAGCCUGUGCCGGACAGACCACCUGUGCAGGUCCCGGCUGGCGGACUUCCAUGCCAACUGCCGUGCCUCCUACCAGACGCUCACCAGCUGCCCCACCGACAAUUACCAGGCGUGUCUGGGCUCCUACGCUGGCAUGAUCGGGUUCGAUAUAACACCCAACUACGUGGACUCCAGCCCCACGGGCAUCGUGGUGUCCCCCUGGUGCAGCUGCCGUGGGAGUGGGAACAUGGAGGAGGAGUGUGAGAAGUUUUUGAAGGACUUCACAGAAAACCCAUGCCUCCGGAACGCCAUCCAGGCCUUUGGCAAUGGUACAGAUGUGAACCUGUCCCCUAAAAACCCCCCAUUCCAGGCCACACAGGCCCCUCGGGUAGAGAAAACGCCUUCAUUGCCAGAUGACCUCAGUGAUAGCACCAGCCUGGGGACCAGUGUCAUCACCACCUGCACAUCUGUCCAGGAGCAGGGGCUGAAGGCCAAUAACUCCAAAGAGUUAAGCAUGUGCUUCACAGAGCUCACGACCAAUAUCAUCCCAGGGAGUAAAAGGGUGAUCAAACCUAACUCAGGCCCCCGCAGAGCCAGACCGUCGGCUGCCUUGACCGCUGCAUCCUUCCUGAUGCUGAAGCUGGCCUUGUAGGCUCUGGGGAUCCCAUCGGGAGAUUUCUGAAAGCUACACGGAUGAGAACACCCGCCUGACAAAAUGGAAACACACACAGACACACACAGACACACACACACACUUUGCAAAAAAAAAAAAAGAUGUUUUUUCCCACUUUGUCUCUGAACCUGUCUCCUCCCAGGUUUCUUCUUUGGAGAAGCUUUUCUAAACCAAACAGACAAGCAGGCGGGCAGCCUGAGAGCUGGCCCAGAGGCCCCCUGGCCGGGGAAACCCCGUGCUGAGGAGGGCACAUGGCAGGUCUAGAGAUACCCUUCACUUUUCUCUGGGGGUUUUCCUCUCUGGGCCCUGCUGACAGGAGACCAGACUACACCUGGACUGCCCGGGGACGUGGGUGCGGCCGGGAUGGAUGCUGUUCUCAAGCGCCCCUGUCAGGGGACCUGCGGGGGACUGUGGGGGCCUCGGGCAGCAGGGCAGUGAGGCCGGCCCUGGGGGUCCACCUGGGCACCGUCAGCGCCUCCACUCAGCUUCCAGGAGGGAGUUAAUUCGCCUCCCUUCUCUGAGGGCUGGAUCUGACCUCUCCCCUUCAUCCCCACUGUAGCACAGCGGGGAGGGCUGGGCAGCUCUGGGGGGGCUUGGGGAGCCCAGCCUGCCUGGGAGACCCUGCUGGGGGUUGGGAGCAAAACUUGGGAACCACCUCAAGGCGGCUUCUUCCUCCUUGGUGGCAAAGAGCCUCCUUUGAAAUCAAAGAGAAAUGAUUCCUUGUCCACUCCCUUGGUUUCUUGUGGGUCCCUUUGGUGGGUCUCCCUUUGGAGGGAGGGGCCAGGUGCUGAGAGAGACAGAGGACCACUGUGGGCCGUCUCCCAGCACCAUGCUCUGGUCUCUGCGCCUCCCUCCAUCUCUCCUCCCUGCCUCACUCGCCCACCUUCUCUUCUCAUUUUUGAGACAUACGCCCACUGCCCACUGUAUGUACAUAACGCGGCUCCUUUCUCAACAUAUAUGUAUAUACACAUCCGUAUACAUAUAUCGUGUGGUUCCCUCUCCUUUCCUUUUUUUAAGAACCUAUGGAAAUAAUACCCUAACAGAUGAGCGAAAAUGUAUUAUUGUAAAAUUUAUUUUUUUUAAUAAUGUUGUCUAUAACGGGGGAAGGAAAGGAGGUGGGCUCCCUGCGUUUCUGCCCCAGUUGGGCUGACGGGGUCGUGGAAGGGAGUUUCUGAUUGGUAUCACGCGUAGCCGAGACUCCAAUAAACAUACUAGGAAGCAGUCUGCCUUCUGCUUCACUCUGGG